AUGAGAAUGGAAAAGAUUGUGUUUCAGAAGGUGUGUUGGAAAGGCAAAGCUACUUCCGCCUUCCAAUGUCUGCACAUCUAUUCACUCAUUCAAGAGAACUUACAAUGGAAAAAAAGGAAUAGCCUUAAUUUUGAAAGAUUAGAAGCUCAGUGUAAGGCAUGCCACUGCAGGAUCAUUUUUUUUUUUUAAGCUAAGCGUUCUCUGUUUGUAUUGUCUAUCAUUGCAUUGGUGAUCCAAGCUCAGAGGUGUGUAGAGUUAACAGAAGGUGUGGAAUGUCUUCAGAAACAUUCCAAGAUACGUGGUAGAGAUUUGACCUGGCAAGAGCUCGUAUCCAAUUGUUUAACUGAAUAUUCAUCAAACAAGUGUUCUAAACCAACUGUUCAGAAGUUGAAAUGGAUUGUUUCUGGGCUAACUGCAUGGCAACUGAAAUGUGGUUACUACAGAAUAACCCACCUUCCAACAAUUUCUGAAACUGUUCCUUAA